AUGAUAUCGAAGGUGACCCUUCCUUCGCGCCUAAAUCCAUGGCCUUUCCGCGUGCCCUUAAGUCGAUCUAACGGCCCUCUCCGCGAUAGUAGCGUUUCGGUGGGAUUUCCAUCCGUGCGGUCGCCGUUCAUCUCGUGUUCUUGUGUGUUGUUAUGCUUUCGGAACCACAGAAAUGAACCGCUGCAAUUUUUUGACUUGAGCGUCUCCGCAUUGCAAAACUCGGGGAACUGUGAUUGUACCUAUCUGAAUGAUUUCGUCCGAAAACAGUCUUGUCGUGGCCUCCAGUAA